CUUCAUUUUAAGAGAGACUUUUGAACUGAUGCUUUUAUUGUGAAGAGUGAAGAGGCGUUUCCCUGCUGCUGCCUGAGCUGCUCUUUCCAGAAUCACUAUCAGAGAUACAGGAAAUCUGAGGAAGCAAAACACAUCGGGAGCAGGUGUGAGCGAUGACCGUCCCUGUUGUGAAGGAAAAGCCAGUGACUGUGGUCACCGUGGCGACCGAGGGGAAGAGCUUGUGUCCUCCACUGUGUCAGAUCCUGAAGGCUCUUUGCUACAGUCCAGUCUGCUGCUCAGUGAACAGAGGACUGAUGCGGUCCCCUGUGAUCGGAGCCCUUGGGGCUGUACAGAUCAUGGUGGGCCUGUUCAACAUCGGACUUGGUCCAGGAAGAAUGAGUAUGCACCCUGAGGAUUUCACCGACCUGAAAGCUGCUUACUGGCUGGGUGCCAUGUACAUUGCUGCUGGAAUUGUGUCAGUCUUUGCCAACCGUUUCCCGUCUCGCCGUUUGGUGGGCUUUGCUGUGUUCAUGAACAUAGUGGGCUCCAGCUUCGCUGUGGUUGGCAUUGUGCUGUAUGCCAUAGACCUGGGAGAAUCCUCUUUCAGCUGGUGGUGUGACGAUAACUCUAAUGAUGGGUGCAGAUUUAUGGCAGACUAUGUUCAGCGAUUGCUGACAGGAAUGGAUGUGACUUUGAUCGUCCUCGCCUCCUUCCAGCUCUGUGUCUGCGUGAACUUCACGGUUCUGUUCAUUAAGGCUCUGCGCUACAGGGACAAUGGCGUCGCAGCAGACGUUGAGAAUUACCAGCCUCUGCUGAAGGAAGUCCUCAUGACCAGCCCUGGUGCUUAGAGCCAACUCACACAAACAUACAGAAGCAUUUAAAAUUUUAAAAAAGCAUGUGUUUUCCAUCCUUGCAUUAAUUCUUAAACAGCUGGCAGCAGAACCACUCUACAAUGAUAUGACAGAGCAACCCGGUCUCACGGGGAUUCGUGAAACUGUCACGUAAGUUUUAGUUUCGGUUUCGUGCGCACCAACACGAUUUCGUCAUGUUUUUCGUGCCGCUCACCACGAAAUGUUUUUCGCUGUGGUAAUCACAUCUGAAAGUGGUUUAUACCGGCGGAUUCAUGACGAUCUAAGCUGUCCAUCGGCGUAUACUGCUUGUGUGAUUGCGUUUGCGGCCGCCGGCCGCCGGACAUUCUUGAAAUUCCUAUGCAAAUUGGUAAGUGUACUACCGGCUUAUGAUUAGGUUAUGGUUAGGUUAUGGUUAAGGUUAUGGUUAGGGUUAUGUUUAGGGACGAUGUCAUGCAAAAUAUAGCGUUGGAUUCGCCACGGUUUUACAUUAAAAAUAUAAUAUACACAUUCUUUUGAAAUACGUUCUGAGUGGCACGAAAAGUCCGCCGUUUAAAAUACAUUGGUGUGCAUUUCGUGGUGAGCGGCACGAAAAACAUGACGAAAUCGUGUUGGUGCACACGAAACCGAAACUAAAACUUACGUGACAGUUUCACGAAUCCCCGUGAGAUCGGGCUCGACAGAGACAUACUAAAGGGAAUGCUUACGCUAGACUCCAUUUAAUGUGACUGGAAAUGUUUUAGCUCUUCUGUUUUAUUGCAUGAGAAUAUUCUCUUAAACUUGCUGAAUAAAAGGUGUUGAAAUGGAGAAA